AUGUUUCUUAUAGUAAAGUUAUUGCUACUAUUGUGGCUCUUUGCCACUCGACCCCCAGUACACUCAGUAACACUUGAGUUGACUCAUUUAGACAAUGACAGCUCAAGCACCAAGUUAUCAUACUUCGUUUCGUCUACCAUGUCGAUAUUUGACGUGAAGGAUGAUCAGGAGGUGGAUAUGGUUACAUUUGACGGUUUUAAAGUUUGGAACUGUACAGAUGGUGCUGAAAAACUACAAAGCGCCAAGGUAAUUUAUAAUGAAUUUGGAGCUAGGUUCGUCUUACUAACCACCAAGCAAAAGUAUAGCAAAUUAGAGUUAUAUUGUUAUCUAAAUACCCUUAAUGGAUGGGUUUUGUUAAAUUCUGUAAACCCAUUCAACAUAUCAUUACUAGAAACUGACACUAAAUCUGAUGAUACAAAGGAUACUGUAGGUAAUAAUGAUAGUACAGUUGUACCUGGUACUAGUGGUACUAGUACCACUUCCGACACCAAUACUAGUGAUAGUACAAGUAGUGAUGAUGUUGGAGAAGUUAGGGUUGAUUUGGCUAAUGUACCAGAACCACCAUUGUGCCGUAGAUGCUCAUAUGUAGUGGAUGGGAUAUUAUAUUCAAUACAUUAUUUCCAUAGUGGUAACAAUUACAAUAAGCUGUUUUAUGAGGGGAAAAUGUUCUAUCAAGUGCCGAAAGGGAAACAACUUGCAGGAUCAUGCACAUACAUGAGGAACUCGCAGCCAAUAUUCAUCGAUUUGCUUUUGUCGAAACCAGAAAAGUCAAAUUUCGUCUACUUUGAACGUACGGAAUCGGGAUUUGCAAAGAUUUCGAGAGAAGAAUUUAAAGAAAAAUUGCAAAAGUAUAAGACAGUACCAACGACAGUAGAUUUGUCCAAAUCCUACUCGAAAACAUAUACAACAAAUAAUUCGACCAGAUUUAAUAGAACUAGAGGAGAAGGAAUAAGUAAGGUGGAUUGCAUGCUGUAUACACCAAAUGAUGGAUAUGUGAUAAGAAAAGUAGUAGACGGAGAAUUAUCGGUUGUAGAGAGUGAAAAUGACAUUUUAGAAGUAAGAUAUUAUAAUUUGGGAGGUCAGAAGUUGUUAAGUAUGAUAUUCCAAGAGGGACCAAAUUUCCAGUAUAAAUAUUAUACAUACUUUGGAGAUUUGGGUAAAUGGUCACCCUCAUCAGAAUACUUUUACUACAAGCUAAUUGACGAAUACGUCAAAAGUGAAGGUAAAUAUUCAAUAGACUUGAAGAACACACUUAGCAGCAAAUACUUAUUGGUUCAGAAAGACAGCUUUUUACACCAAUUGAAUUUCCUUCCAAAUUCAAGCUCGUUGGUUAACGCCGUUUAUGAUCAUGGCAGGCUAAUAUGGACAGCUAGGAAGCCCAAUGAAACUUGCAUCUUUGUUUGGUACCAGUUCCAGUACAAUUUGCUGUACUUGGUUUCAAAGAUUGAUGGCGAGCAUGCGAAUUAUUAUUACCAAAAAAAUGGCCACUCCUGGACCUACAUUGCUCAUGAGGAGUUUAGACGUCGUUUCUCCUUCAUCUUCUCCACCAACGAUGUUUUAGAUUUGAAGAAUAACUUGGUUGGAUUUGAUGUUAAGGAGAACGGUAACGCCUUUACAGUUCAACCAAAACACUUCCACCUCAUUGGCAAAGUUACUUACGGCACUUCAGUGGUUUGGAGUUCUUCCUCUAGCUUGAAAUGCUACUCUGCCAAGAUCAUAUACGACACUAACGCAACCAAUGUUUAUCUGUACUUGAAGGACUACGAGGGCAAUUCUUACACCAAGCUUUAUAAAACUCUAGACAACGACUUAACCAAGUUGGAAUUAUCAUAUUCUGAAACUGGUAACCUUGAGGAAGUUGGUACCCUACCAACUAGCGAAACUAAAGUUGAAAAAUCGGAGAAUGCAGAUGAAAAAUUAGAUAAAAAUAAAGAAUCAGAUACAGUCACUGUUAUACCAAAGGGUGUUGACCCAGAGGAAGUAUUUGAUACUGUUGAGAAUGUUGUUGAUACAGCUAAAGUAGAUACAGUAGUUGAUACAGUUGAUAAAGUUGAUACAUCUGAUAAGGUUGAUACACCUAAAGUAGAUAAAGUAGAUUCAGCUGUUGAUACAGCUGAUACAGCUGAAAAAUUGAAUACAGAUACCCCAGUUACUGAAGAUUCAGUAAAGACUAGUGAUGAAAAAGUUGUGGAAAAACAAGAAUCAAAUUCAAAUGCUGACCAGAAUAAGUACCAAGAAGUGGUUGUUACAGCAUUGAAUACUUUCAAUAAUGUUUAUAAUCCAGAAACUUCUGAUAAGCCAGAGGAAACUGCUAGGCAUUUGGGUGUUGACCCAGAGGAAAGCUUAGUUGAGACCGAUACAACACACAAAGAAGCUGUUGAAAAAGAGAAAUCAGACAAAAAAGCUGAUGUAGAAGAAAAAGAGUUAGUGAAGGAAGUUGAUGAGUAUUUGGGAGGAAUGUUGGAUAUACAAAAAAUGAAGAGUACCAAAUUUGGAGACUUUGUAGAUGCCAGAAAUCAUGGCUUAAACUACCUGUUAUUCACACCACGUCCAGGGUACCCAGUCAGAUAUUUGAGAGAUGGAUUUGAAACUAUAUGGAAGUCCCACAGUAAAGAGUGCGUAGCACUCUCAGUCUUCCUGAAGGACGGAGCGCCAUUCAUGCUCGAGCUCUUCGUCAAGUGUAGUGUGGAAGUCUCUAGACACUUCUUCCAACUCAAACACAAUCGCUGGCAACCAAUCAGAUCACACGAAUACGACAUAUUGACAAAUUCACUCUAA